AGCUCUACACCAAGUGAGCAAGCAAGGCCUCCAGGGACCGGCUUGCCAACAGCUGGACUUGAUCACCAGCUUGAAACUGAGAUCAUGCACUGGGUAGAAUAACAAGCGGACUUUUGUUCUCUCUGGCUGUGCUAAGCGCUGUUUUCCAAGGAAUUGCCACAGCAGCAGACAGAAAAGCAGAGCUCACCACCUGAACCUUUGAGUCUCUUUAGAGAACCAGAGCUCCUGGGGAGUGGGCAGGAUGAUGGUGGCGCUUCGGGGAGCUUCUGCUUCAGUGGUUCUCAUCCUCGCAGCCUUUCUGCCCCCACUGCAACAUGCCCAGGACCCAGCCAUGGUACACUACAUCUACCAGCGCUUCCAAGUCUUGGAGCAAAGACUGGAAAAAUGUACAGAAACAACAAGAGCAUACAUUCAAGACUUCCGGGAAUUCUCAAAAAACAUUUCUUUCAUGCUGGGGAGGUGUCUGACCCACACAAGCGAGUAUAAGAGUGCCGUGGAUAACCUUGCCCUGAGAGUGGAGCGUGCCCAGCAGGAGAUAGACUACCUGGAAUACCUCCGAGAGGCCGACAUCUGCGUUGAGUCAGACGAGAAGGCCCUGGCUGAAAAGAUACUUCAAGAAGCUGAAGAAGAAAAGAAGAUCCGAACUCUGUUAAACACAAGCUGUGACAACAUGCUGAUGGGUAUAAAGUCUCUGAAAAUAGUGAAGAAGACCAUGGACCCAGAUGGCUCUUGGAUGAAAGAUGCUGGCAGUAAUUCUGCAAAAGUCUAUCUAUUAGCUGGAUCCAGAAACAACACAGUUUGGGAAUUUGCAAACUUGAGGGCAUUCAUGGAAGAUAGCACCAAGCCUGGCCCCCGGAAGCUAAUCUUACCACUUUCCUGGCAGGGAUCAGGGCAGGUGAUCUACAAAAGCUUUCUAUUUUUUCACAACCAAGGGACUUCUAAUGAGAUAAUUAAAUAUAAUCUGCAGAAGAAGACUGUGGAAGACAGGAUGCUUCUUCCGGGAGGGGCAGGCCGAGCGCCUAUCUAUCAACACUCCCUAUCCACUUACAUUGACCUAGCCGUGGAUGAACAUGGGCUCUGGGCCAUUCACUCAGGACCAGGUAUCCAAGGCCAUUUGGUUCUCACAAAAAUUGAGCCUGACACGUUGGGAAUAGAGCACUCAUGGAACACACCCUGUAGAAGCCAGGAUGCUGAAGCUUCAUUCCUCCUGUGUGGAGUUCUCUAUGUGGUCUACAGGUCUGGUGGCCAGGGCCCUCAUCGGGUCACCUGUGUUUAUGAUCCACUGGGUACUGUCAGGGAGGAGUAUCUGCCCAAUUUGUUCUUCCCCAGGCGGCCGAGAAGUCACUCCAUGAUCCAUUACAACCCCAGAGAUAAGCAGCUGUAUGCCUGGAAUGAAGGCAAUCAGAUCAUUUACAAACUCCAGACAAAGAAAAAGCUGCCUCUGGAGUAGUUAUGGCAGCCUGGAAGGAAUUUUGUGUGGCUUGGGCAGUGGUUUUCCAGGACACUGAAAUCACAGCCCCCUUUACAGUACAGUAUCUAUCCCUCAAGAUGCACACAGGAAUAGGUUCCAAAAGUUGAGAUACACAGUCUUCCUUUCCCAGAUGUCACUGCCUUACCUAUCUUUUGAAAGCACAGAUGAGGCCAUCAUUCGGAAGUUUUUACCAAUAUCCUGACUUCAUCCAAAUCCAAUGGGGCGUAAGGCCUCCUCCAUCUGAUCUAAUUCCUAGUUUUUCCUUUUUGCCUUCCAGCAUUUUUUUCUGACUCUACUGUAUUCUCCAUCCAGCAAUUAGGAUCUUGCCACCCCUGAAACUCACUGAUUUUUCUCUCUGGCCUUCACUCAGGCUCUGCCCUCUUUUUCAAACGCUUAUGAAGAUUUUUUUUCUUUGUCCAAAUGUAUUAGUUACAUUUCUUGUUGCUAUGACCAAAUGCCUGACAAUAAGUAAUGUAAGAAGGAAAAGGUUUCUGGCAGCUUACAGUUUAAAGGGGAACCAGGCACAGUGGUCCACAUCUUCAGCUCCAGCAUUUGGGAAGCAGAGGAAGGUGGAUAUCUGUCAGUUCGAGGCCAACCUGCUUUACAUGGUAAGUUACAGGCCAACCAGGGCUCCACAGUGAGACCCUGUUUUUUGUUUUUUGUUUUUUUAAAUGGAUAUAGUCCAUUAUGGUAGUAGUGAAAGUGUGGUAGUAGGAGCAUGACCAGAAAAGAGGCUGCACUAAGAAAUGUCAAGGUUUUUCCUCAUAGUAACUUAGCACUUCCAGUUAGGCCUCAUUUUCACGGUCUGCAACCAGCUGGGAACCAAGUUUUCAAACACACGAGCCUAGGGGGCACUUUCCACAUUUAAACCACAACACCCAGUAAGCACUAUUUUCUGUUGAUGUUUAAUUUUUACUUCCUGUAGCCUUGUCCUUCUGCCAAGCCAAGUCGAUAUAGUAACAAAGUAAAGCCAUGACUUGUUGGAUGUUACUUUCUGCUUACAAAGCUUUUUUACACUGCUUAAUUCUCUUUUUUACCUUUGUGAGCUAUGUAUAAGUCUUUAUAGUUGCUAAGCUAGAUAUGAGAGUUCAGGUGAGUUAUUCAAAGUAGCAAGCUACAAAAUGAAAGCCUAGGAAAGACCACAAAUUUUACAGUAUUUUUAUCAUCCAAGGAAGUAAGUUUCAAUUACAUACUUUUGCCCACUUAUCCUUAAUCGAUGUGUCCAUCAGUUCAGCCUGAAAAUAGUAGUCUGCCCCUUAGCUAGUUUUCAUGUCUGCACAAGGUCUUCUUAUAGGUCUUUCAAAGUCUCCUUUCUCUAGAAAAACCAUCCCAAGGAUAAGGAUGCAACUCUAGCCUCAUCUUGUCUUUCUGUUUUGCCUACUUCUUUCUUCUUGCUUUCAAUAAAUAAAAGUGAAA